AGAAACGCUGUGUGUUCCGGACCAGGAGGGGGAGAAGGAAGGAGAUGGCCGACUAGGAGGCAGCUGUACAUUUGCUACUUCGUCGGCGAAAUACCUUUAAGAUUUGACAUUUUCACGGCUGAAGUGGGAAGAGGACGUUUCAGACACUUCGCUCUUCUUCCACAAUGGCAGAACAAAACAGCAACGUCAGAUAUCAGGAGCUGGUGAAUGAAGAGGAGCCAGCUCAGCCUUCCCAAGAGGGCCCUGCCCAGGACGCACCACCUCCCUACAGUAGCAUUGCUGCAGCAAAUGCAGCUUUCUUUGAGUACAAAGAAGAUGGAGGAAGAUUCCCCAACCCUCCAUCCUACAAUGUUGCCACCACUUUGCCCUCCUAUGAUGAAGCUGAGAGAAGCAAAGCAGAAGCUGCCAUCCCCCUGGUCACCGGAAGAGUCACGGAGGAAGACUUUGUGGCCAGAGAUGACUUUGAAGAUGUGGAUCAGCUGCGAAUAGGAAAUGACGGCAUCUUCAUGCUCACUUUCUUCAUGGCAUUCCUCUUCAACUGGAUUGGCUUCUUCUUGUCGUUCUGUUUGACCACAUCAGCCGCCGGGCGAUACGGCGCCAUCUCUGGCUUCGGCCUGUCUCUCAUCAAAUGGGUUCUCAUCGUCAGGUUUUCUACCUACUUCCCUGGUUACUUUGACGGGCAGUACUGGUUGUGGUGGGUCUUCCUGGCUCUGGGCUUCAUGCUGUUCAUCAGAGGAUUUGUUAACUACUCCAGAGUGCGCAAAUUGGCUGAUCCCACUUAUGCCACUCUUCCACGAACGAGGGUACUCUUCAUUUAUUAGAGGAUGAGGACGAAAAGGACAUGAAGAAGAUGAAGAGUUUAAAAUUGAAGACACUUGACCAGAAAUCGACAAGUUCUAGACGAUGACGACGACUCAAGACAAUAAAAUAUUCAGGAACUAUAUCACUUGUUUUAUUUUGUUUUGAAACUUUAUUAAUGGAAUUAAAAGUUAACAGUAAUAGUCCCUCAGUGUACUCAUUAGUGGCGAAUGUUAAGUGCUAUUUACAUCUGUCUGUAUGGAUUAGUAAUGCCUUAUAUCAUUUGAUGGUAGCAUAUGAGCAUGCAUCUGCCCUUAAAGUCAAUAAAUAGGGAGAGUUUGAUGUUGGUGACACUCGAAGCCAACUUUAGUACAACACUCUGUAGACUUGCCAUAGCAUGCAGCACACUUUGUAAUCUGCACUAGUCUCACUUCAUGGUUCUAUUAGGCUGUUUUUAGAUACUGCUUACUUAAAAAGAAGCAAGCUUUCAUCAGCAAAAUGCUAAUAUCUGCAUUCCCACAUACUGUGUUUCACUCACCUGUUGGCUUUAAGAGGUGUUGCCAGUUUUUCCUGUAGCCAGGAGGGGGCAGUGUAGUCUGCAGCUUCUCAGUUAUUACUCAUUAAGGGCAUUUUCAUAGUAAAACAUGCUUGUAAUUCAAGCACAGUGUCGGUGGAACACAUCUAAAUUACAUCCAUGUGUCAGAGGUAACGAUUUGGCCUGUCAGAUGUUUUCUUGCACGUUAAAUCAGGUGAAACUAUCCAGCGUGGAAGCAGAAUUCAAGUUACAGAUAUGGUCUUAGAAGCAUUUUUAAACAAGCCACAGCCAGAAACUGGAUGACCACAAAUGUCAAGUGACAAACCCCAGAGCUGCUCUGUUGACAGCAAGACGACGCAGAAUGUUUGGACAGUGACGGCAGAGGACUCUGAUGAUAAGUCAAAUCAGAUCAAGUCACGAUGUUUUAUGGGUGUAUGAGCAUUUUGUGUUCCACGUCCUUAAUUUAAGACUUUCAUUCAUAGAUGUAACCGUGUGACCUCUGCGACUCCUCAGGGAGUCACUCGACAUCCCAUUCACUGUCAUUAGAGAAGCUGUGUGAAUAUAGAAGAGCGUGUUGGCUGUCUGGACUGCAGCUGUUAAUGAGCUCAGUCUGACAUUUGGAUCACAUUAUCUAAGAGCAUAAAAAUAACUUAGAUUCCUCUUCCAGGUGGGUUUUUGCCUUAAGAUUUAAUUAAUCUGGAAAGUGUUUUUUUUUUUUGUAAGAAAUUCUUCAUCCUGUGUAAGACGUUAGCUAUCUUGCUGGUAUCAGUUCUAUCAAAGAUUGUUGUAUGCAGGUGCACUUUUAGAAACAUAACCAGUAAAACCCAGAGGAUGUUCCAUCAUUAUAUUCAGUCACAGACACAUAAAACAACAAAGUGGAGCAGGAUGUUUGUUUCAUAUUAAUAGCAAAUUGAAUCAUCAGUUAACUUCAUAUUUCCGCCAUGGCUUUGAUUACAGACCAAUUAUGCUUAUUUCUAUGUGAUGUAGAGCUGCAGCCUUUUGGGGUUUUGUUGUUAUGAAAUUGUACAGAAAAUGUUUAGUGUUCAAUAAAUGUCACUUUCAAUGCG